UAGGGUUUUGAUAUCCAGUCUUUUUAUCAUCCCGACUCAGGUUAAGAGCUGCCGUUUCUCUGCGCCUUCGCCCUUCCAAGAGCUUCAAGCUUUCCAUCCUCUUCGGGGCACAUUCAGUCAUGGCGGACAAGGCAGUCACUAUCCGGACCAGGAAGUUCAUGACCAACAGGCUCCUCUCCAGGAAGCAAUUCGUCAUUGAUGUUCUUCACCCAGGCAGACCCAAUGUCUCAAAGGCUGAGCUGAAGGAGAAGUUGGGCAGAAUCUACGACGUGAAAGACCCAAAUGCCAUCUUUGUUUUCAAGUUCAGAACUCACUUUGGUGGUGGAAAAUCUACCGGGUUCGGUUUGAUCUAUGAUUCUGUUGAGAAUGCCAAGAAGUACGAACCAAAGUACAGGCUGAUCAGGAACGGACUCGACACCAAGGUAGAGAAGUCAAGAAAGCAAAUGAAGGAAAGGAAGAACAGGGCCAAGAAAAUCCGUGGAGUUAAGAAGACCAAGGCUUCAGAUGCUGCCAAGGCAGGAAAGAAGAAAUGAGGAUGCUGGAGUUUUGUGCUUAUCACCAAGGAUCGUCUGCAGAAUUGGGUUGCUUUCUUUUUAAUAGUCUCUUUUAGUUUUCGUUUUAUUACUCCUAAAUGAAGUUAUUAUGUUAAUCAGUGAUUUGGUUGAUGGUGACUAGUGAUAUCAAAACUUGUUCAACAUUUUUGACGUUACAGUUAAUAUAUUUCCUUGCUUUUCCAU